ACGCUUACGCACCCACGUGCUUCUCCCAUUCACCAGAUGUGAAGUCAACAUGACCAGGCCCAACCUCGGCCAGCAGAAAAAGUGGCGCAAUGACGCCCGGAUCAACCUGUCGUGAGUGGGGAGAACAUUCUGAAGCAAAGGCUAAGAGAUGCUAAGCAUGCACUUACCUUGCCAUGGCGGCCCAGCAGAUGCUUGGUUUUCCAAGCCGAGCUGCCCUUUGAAGACUUUGGAGACACACAGCUCGACGGCGAGAGGCUCUGGCAGAGUUGGCGUCAUGUCGCCCUGCAUUUCGGCCCGCUCCAGAAAUCCGCUUUGCCAGACACCCCUACUCCGAGAUCAGCAUCGUCGGACGAAGCGACCAGUUAACGUAGCAUCGCCGCAGCGUCAAAUUUGCUUCACCGUCACAAAGUCCGCCCAAGCAGGCUUAGCAUGGUCGUACUACUGCAGGAAAGGUCUUCUGGAAGGCUUCUCUUGGUCACAACUCGAACCUCAUCAGGGUAACUGAGCCAAUGGGAUAGACUCGUUGUCACUGGCUGCUUGUUUGCAAGCUCUGGAAAGGCGGCUUCGCGGCAUCCAUGGUGGACCACCUGAAGUGAGCUUCCGGGUGUCGCCACCGCGAGACGGCUACUCUGGGAACGUGGGCUUCGUGUGUUC